AGCCGCAAUCAGUGACGUACCAGCUGAAGAGAGGGAAAACGAAUCGCGAAGGACAAAGAACCACCCUUGAGAAACAAAAGAUGCUGUUUUCUCAAUCAGCAGAAACCCACACUAAACACAAAGUUCUUUAACAGUGCUGCCUCAAUAGAUAGAGAUCUCUUAUCGGGGAAGUCAGCUAAACAAAGUGACUAACAAACUUCACAACAUUCGCUACUGGUGAAAACAAUCCAUAAUCGCGGACAUUGUUGUUACUAUCACUUGAAUUACCACGGUCACUGGACGAACAACUACAACACCUGAAAAUUCAAUGAAAUUACGACUGGCCCGAUCAAAGGUCGACCAAACUUGAACCCCUUUUGCUCUUGUUUCGUACCGUGUUUCCAAUUAUUUGCGCCUCGAUGUCAGGUACGCUUGUAUGCAAUAACGAUAUAUGCGUCCUACGUGACAGAAAUAGCACAGCGAAGCGUCUUGAACUUCCCUCUCUCUUGCUCUUUUUACCUCGUUACCUCCCUCCUCUUGUCUUUGUCGAACUCGUGGACAUCUGCUCGUAGGGGGGAUGUAUGUGUGAAUUUCAACUGACCAAUCGUAAGCGCUUCUAAUAAGAACAGGUUUGUGUGCAACUUUAGGACGCCAUGCAGUGCGUUUGUGUGCGCGUAUGGUUGCCUGUACGCGCCUAACUACGGUCGCGUAUUCGGUUUAAUUCUAACCUCACAGAAUGCUGACAGGAAUUCGAAUUUAUUGGUAAAAUGUCAAAACGUUGGGGCAGCGACUAUGUGGUCACAGAGCACCGAGAUUUGCAGGCUAAUAGUAUGGCCGUGGAUGCGACUGGCAACUACGUGUUACUUGCCGGGCGUAAAUGUUUCGCUGUGAAACAUCUCGACGAAGGUGCAGAUACUUUAAGGAAAUUCCAGAGGCAAAGCAAAUAUGAAAUUGGUGCCACAGAAUGGAAUCCCACGAGUCAAAAUUCUCAUAUAUGUGCUGUCUCUAGUAACACACGCAUAGAAAUAUUGUCACUCUCUGGAAGUGGUGGCUAUGACUUACAGACAACAAAUAGUCUUAAAGCACAUACGAGAGUAGUUAGUGACUUAAACUGGCAUCCCAAAGAACCUGACAUUAUAGCUUCCUGUAGCAUUGAUACAUUUAUACACAUUUGGGAUAUAAAAGAUCAAAGGAAACCCUGUUUAUCUUUGUCUGCAGUUGCAGGAUCUUCUCAAGUGAGGUGGAACAGUUUAUCCCCUAACAUAUUGGCCACAGCUCAUGAUGGAGAUAUUAAAAUAUGGGAUCAGCGAAAAGGAAAUAGCCCUGUGCAAUAUAUAGCUGCUCACCUGACAAAAAUACAUGGUUUAGAUUGGUGUCCAUUUCAACAAAAUCAACUGGCCACUUCUAGUCAGGAUUGUACAGUGAAGAUCUUUGAUAUUAGCAAUCCACGUAGAGCUGAAAGUAUUGUGACAACAAACUCACCAGUAUGGAGAGUUAGAUACACGCCGUUUGGAGAAGGAUUAGUAACGAUAGUGGUACCGCAAUUACGGCGAGGAGAAAACAGUUUGUUAUUAUGGAAUACUACAAAUCUGAGUGCACCAAUUUACACUUUUUCAGGACAUACAGAUGUUGUCCUCGAAUUUCAAUGGAGACAUCAAAAAUUAGAAAAUAGCGACUUCGAAUUAAUUACUUGGUCAAAGGAUCAAUGUUUGAGGAUAUAUAAAAUUGAUCCAAUUUUAAAGAAGUUGUGUGGGCAUGGCAUGGAUGACAGCGCAUCUAUUUAUACACAGUACUCGGAAGAUAAUAAUAUGAGAACACUACAGUCCAUUCAACAGUUACAACUCAAUGAUACUCAAAACGACCGUGAAAUGAAUUGCAUAACAACAAAAGCAGAUGAAUCUACACUGAAUUAUGAAUCGGAUACGUAUAUCGAGAAUAACAAAGAAAUAUCGUCCCCAACGCAACCGAAGACUCUGCAACAAGAAUUUUCUUUAAUAAACAUGAACAUACCGAACAUAGAGGUCAACGCGAUGGAUGCUUUAGAGCGUAGUUGCACUGUAACAGCGUCCAACAAAAGUUACAAUGUUAUAUUAAAAGUCAAUUUCCCUGCGAAUUACCCGUACAGCGCGCAACCGACAUUCCAAUUCUGCCCUGGGACAACAAUCGACAACGCAACGAUGGCGAAGUUGUUAAAAGUGUUAAAACAAACUGCUCAGCAACGGGUUAAAAAGAACAGAUCCUGUUUAGAACCGUGUCUUAGACAAUUAAUUGCGACUUUAGAACAAACAUGCAAAAAGGACGAAAACGAAACUAGUCACAUAGGAUAUGACAUUCAGGAUAAUGCAAACUUUUUAAGUUCCUCUAACAUGUAUACAAACUAUCAAGAUGCCUAUAUACCAUUUCCUAGGACAUCAGGAGCCAAGUUUUGUUGUGUAGGUAUCCUCGUGUGUUUUGGUCGUGCGUCUUACACUAGAAGGUCAUCGAUGAAACCGGAAAGUACGACACCUAGGGCCCUAUCCGCAUUAGGAAACGGAAUCGGGAAUGGAGAACAUUUUAUGCACAUGUAUUCGAAUUCAUACGUAGAAUCGAAUGACAACAUUCCUAUUAGUUCCUUCUACUUCCAAGACCGUAAAAUGAAUCGCGGAUUACAUAACACCAGCAGAAUGACUCACAGAUCGUGUUGUAAAAAUUAUCACUUCAUGGUAAUCACGUAUGAUGCUUCGUCAUUAUUUUUCGUUAGCAAAGAAUUGGCUGAGAAAUACGUAAUUAAUAUCACCGAUAUCCCGGCGAUGUGCCAAUACAAUGCAAACGUUGCUGCGCAAUUAGAACGUCCGGAUUUAGUACAAGCAUGGUGUUUAGCCGCCCUUGUGAUAUCUCAACCGGUUUCAAGCGUUGGACAGAAUUCUUGUCAAUCCCCUGAUAUAGAUGCUCCAUGGCCACUACAUCCUUUCGGUCAAAAUUUGAUUCAUUCUUUGAUACAGCAUUACGCCAACCAGUCAGACAUUCAAAUGGCGGGAAUGCUGAGCUGUGCGUUUAGUUAUCGUUCAGAGAAUCUAGAUGUUGUUCAAAACCGGCUAAGUAGCAAAUCCGUUAACGUCAGUAGGCUUUCUACAGGAAAAUGGUGGUUGAAGCAUCGGAGUGGAAGUGUCGCGAUGCCUCAGAGCAUGCAGCCUGGCGGUUCGCCGUACCAUACGAUACAUCUAGCCGAUACCACGUUAGAAGGAUGGAAUUUUCAAAAUUUGAAGCAACACAGAUCUAACUCGUGGUCUGACUCCCUUGACUAUUUAAAGUUCAUUCAGGAUUCUCUUGGCGAUUCCGUAAAAAGUAUUAGAUUGCUCGAUGAAAAAUACACUACUCUUUACGAUGGGUACAAGAAAUCAUAUGCGGAAGUGUUGCACAGGUGGCGUCUAUUGGAUGCUCGAGCACAAGUAUUAAAGCACGUUAGCACGACACCUUUGGAUACGCACAAAGGCGUGGAAUUCCAAAGUGAAUGUCAAUUGUGUACUAAAGUUAGCAGAGGUCCUCAAUGUAUAAAUUGUAAACGGCUCGCCUUGGAAUGCGUAAUUUGUCACAUUUCUGUGAGGGGUCCAAGUAAUUUCUGUAUAUUUUGUGGUCAUGGAGGACACACACAACACUUAGCAGAAUGGUUCACUAACGAGACAUUGUGUCCGACAGGCUGUGGAUGUUGUUGUUUACAGGAGAGUUCUACUCUCUUAAAAGUGUAAAUAGGACAAAUGAAAAUUUGUAUAUAGCUGAAACAGUAUGUAUAUACAUAUAUAUAUAACUGAUGUUACAAAAAAAUAAUAAAUGUUUUUUUCUGGAAUAUGAUUCGAAAUUCUGAGGGAUUGUUACAUUUACAAUGAACUUUUUUCAUGAACUUAUUCACUGGGGGAAUUGUAGCUUCGGUUUCAUUAUCUUUACCCUUUCAUUCGGUUGACACUUAAUCAACUGCUUCUAUCUCAUCAGUUGAAACAGUUCCAAGAAAUAUUCUUUCGAGUUCUCUCAUUUCAACUAUAAAAGAAAUACGACUCGUAGAAAAGGAAUUAACUGUGAAGAAUAAAUGAUAAAUACCAGCAUUACGACGAUGUUUUUCACGCGCAAGAUAUUCUUCUCUUGCAACUCUAUUUCUCUCUCUAUAUUCUCGCUGCAACGUUUCUACUGCUGUGUUUUUUCUUCGAACAUCAAAACCGUAAAUUAUACCAGCAAUUAAACUUGUCCAUCUGAAUAACUGAAGAUAAAUAUUAUUUCGCGAGAAUGAAAGAUUUGAUUAACUAAUAAUAAAUAAUACCUUUAUCAGAGGGCUAACUUCUAAAGGAAUUAAAUUAAUUUUCAUCCCCGCCAUUAAAAUAAACUUCGCCGUAUAAUUAAACCAAAUUUAUUUAAAGACAGUUAAAAACAACUUAAAAUAUUAGUAUGAAAUACAAUUAUCCUUUUAACGGAUCGCGAUAAGUUAGACGCAAUGUUUGAUGAUCAAAUUAAAAUUAACAAAUGAGUAACUAAAAGGUCAGUAACCGACAAAUUCAAUGAAAACCAUUGUUGUCGUGUUUUUAUUGUUAUAUUGGAAAUGCGUAGAAGUACAUAGGAGCUUCUGAAUUCUUAAUAAGAACUAAUAUCUAUAAUGAUCAGCCUUGUAAGGUCCUUCCACAGGAACACCAAGAUAUUUGGCCUGCUCUUCUGUGAGUUUUGUGAGCUUCACACCGAGGUGAUCCAAAUGUAGCGCUGCAACUUCUUCGUCCAGUUUCUUCGGUAACAUGUAAACAUCGACUGAAUAUGACUUUGGUUUCGUCCACAACUCUAUUUGUGCCAGCACUUGAUUCGUGAACGAAUUACUCAUAACGAAACUCGAGUGUCCCGUUGCGCAUCCAAGGUUAACUAAACGACCCUCAGCGAGGAGGAUAACAUGUCUGAAAUGGCAGAACCUUAUGUAAACUGGGAGAGAAGGGUCUGAUUUUCACUAUCUAAUCUCAAAAAUGGUAAGACGAUAUUAUAAUCAACUUGAAAUAUUUUUCAACUCGUGAGUUGUCAAUUAUCUUAAUAUUCUUCUUUAAAGACAUUUUUAGGCUCAAAACUAUAAAUAGGAAUGCUACUAUGUAACUGCCCACCUGCCAUUCUUCAACUGGUAUCUGUCUACUUGGGGCUUAAUGUUCACUUUCUCAACCGCAUUCUUUUCAAGCCAAGCGACAUCUAUUUCACAGUCGAAGUGGCCAAUGUUGCAAACAAUAGCAUCUUCUGGCAUAUUCAUGAAAUGCUGACCCAAUAUGAUAUCCUUGCAUCCAGUGGUGGUAACAUAUAUUUGUCCUUUGGUGGACGCUUCUUCCAUCGUGGUUACCUAAGAA